UCACUCCACGCGCAGUGUUGGUCGGUAAAGAUGGCGGGUGACUCCGAAAAUUUUAAAGAACUUGCUUAUGUUUUGAGCGGUGAGGAGCUGAAUUCGCUUCCAGAAGAGGUUAAGCUGAAACUAGAAAAACUGCUAUCUUCGAAUACAACGUCAUUAAAUACAUUGAAAACAAGUAAUGAACGACUGAAGAUCAAUUCAGAGCAACGCUAUGAACAACUGGAAAAACAGCUGAUUGCAGCCCACAAGAAGCUGGAAACAGAGUCGACCCAUUUCAAGGAUGCACAGAAAAAGGCAGAAGAACUUGAGAGCCAGCUCCAAUCGGCCAAGCUGGAGCUGGUCGAGUUCAAAGGUCAAAGUGAGGGCACGGCCAGCUCAUACCAGGAACUUGCGAGGGUCAGUCAGCAGUUGGAGGCCGAGAAGCAGGACCUUGUCGGGGUGGUCGAGAGGAAAUCUAAACAGCUUGAACAGCUUCAGGAUGAAUGGAACAGUAUGUCUGAGAAGCUUUCAUCAGCUAAUGCCGCGAGGACACAACUCCAGAUGAGGUUGGAUGAGCUUGAGAAUGAGGAUGUCUCAUGGAAGUAUCGAGAGAAGCGACUGCAGCAAGAGAUACAAGGAUUGAGUUCACAAACUGGAUUCCUUCAGGCGGAGCUAGAGAAGAAGACCAAUGAGGUUCUUACUCUGAGAAAAGAGAAGUCCAACCAGAUUUUACAGCUACAGAGUCAGUUAAACGACAAGUCUGAUGAGUGUAAACAUGCUUUAGAUUCAUCAGAAAACCUUAGGAAAGUAACUCAGGACCAAGCCAAAAGGAUUGAAGAACUCGGUGCACAGGUCAAGGAGGGCCUCAACGUGAUCUCUCAAAAUGAAGAACAAUUCCAAGCCGAGAUCCAAGCCCAGAACAAGCUUUCUAAUCUCUACAAGCGUGCCGGUGAUGAGGCAGAGUCUCGCGUCAAGGAGCUGAUCACAGCAGUGGAGGAGUUGAGAGGCCUCUUGAAGCAAGCAACGGAAGCCACGUCUGAGAUGGAGACGAGCAUGAAGGAUCAGGAGAGCAGCCAUGCAGUAAAAGCAAAAGAAAUGAGUGAGAAGAUCAGUAAACUUGAACGAGAGCUUGAAGAUGCGAAUGAUCUCUUGGCUGCAGCUCGCAAGAGAGGUGUAGCACCUAUGUCUGAUGAGGAGUUGAGUAACCUGUGCCCCACCGCCGCUGCAGCAAGUUCCUUCAUCAAGUCGGGCAUGACACUCACAGAGAUCUACAGCCAGUAUGUGAAGACAUCAGAUGAACUUAUGAUGGAGAAGCAGGAGAAUCAACGACUCAAUAUGUACAUGGAUCAGAUUCUAGCGGAGAUUGAGGAGAAAGCACCAGUUCUACAGAAGCAGAGAGAAGACUAUGAACAAGCCUUAGAAACAGUCACUCAGCUAUCAUCCAAGCUAGAGGCAGCCAUGUUGGAGGGUGAGCAGCUUAGAAUCAACGUGGACGACUCGGAGCGUAGAGUGAGCCAUCUUGGACGAGAAAAUGCCAGGCUGAAGCAGAAAAACACUGACCUAAGCCAACAGGUUCGUGUGUUGGUGCGUGAGGUGUCGGAAGCCAGGGGAGGUCCCAUCCAAGCCCCAGAUCAGAUGGAUGUGUCUUCAAGCGAUAUCUCCAGCUCAUCCCAAGUCAUCUCAGAUACGCUCGUCUCUUUCAGAUCUGUUGAAGAGCUACAGCAGCAGAAUGAACGUUUGCUUGGUGUUGUAAGAGACCUCAGUGAGAAACAGGAGAAGGAAGAAUCGGAGACGCUGCAAUCAAAGACCGCCGAUUUGAAGAAGCAACUUGACGAGGCCAUAGAGGAGCUUGACGACAUGAGGUCAGCAAGGUCACGGCAGACAGAAAUGGUGGAAUCCAUUGUCAGACAGAGGGACAUGUAUAGAGUGUUAUUAGCACAGACUGGAGCUUCACCCCCACCACUGCCCACAUCACCCUUCACCACACCCAACCAGAAGAGUCCACACAAGAAGAGCCCUCUUGUGACGACGGCCAGCCAGAAGAGUCCGGGGCUUCUGUUGCCUAGCGACCAAGAAACAAAGAAGGCUUUCGAUACCCUACAGACUGAGUUCGAUACGUAUAGGCGAGAGAAGGGAGAGAACGAGAGGAUGCUGAAUGAUCAGUUGGAGACAUUGAGAAAAGAGCUAUCAGAAUUCCGAGUGCAGAACACCAAACUCUCAUCACAGCUGGACUUUUCAAGUGAGCGUUACAACGUCUUACAGUCCAACGUGGAGGGAUACAAGAAAGAGAUAGCGGCACUUGCAGAUAAGAAUCAGAAGUUCUCCAGCCAAGUUGUAACGCUUCAGCAAUCGGCUAGUUCAAUUACACAGGACAUGUUGGCUGCCCAGGAGAAGCUGAAUAAGGCCGAGGUAGAGGCAAGAAACUUGAAAGAUGAAAAUAAACUUCUGAAGGAGAUGGAGAUCCGUCUUACUCAAGAGAAAGAAUCCAUGCUGAGAGAGCAUAAGAACCAAGGACUAUUUCUUACUAAUCUGCAACAGAUCCAGAAUAAUCUUGAAAGAUCCGAGUUCGAGUCGAAGACUAGAAUGACCAAUCAGCUUGAGGCAAUGGAGAGAGAGCUUUCUUUGGUCAGGAGAAAACUGGACGGCGAGACUGACCAACAUCAGACCGUUCUCAAAUCAUGGAUGGGGAAAGUACAAGACCUUCAGAGGCAGCUGAACUCGGAGCUCAAUUCCCAUCAGAGAACCCGUAAUGACCUUGCCAAGAUGAGGAAUGACCUCCAGAAUGUUCGCCAACAGGCUGCCUCCACCGACGGUCAGCUCGUAGCCCUUCAGGUCAAGCUGGAAUCUGCAAUCAAGGAGAAAAAUGAUGCUGUCACAGCCUUGGAGCAGACCGAUGGCGGGGUCACUUCAGUGAGUGAAACCGAGCUGAAGGAAGUCAACAACAAACUAAGAAUGGCUGAAAAUCAAAUCAAGAUCCUACGGGAGCAAAUGAAGAAGCUGCAGGAGCAGAGGGCCCACUACCAGUCUAUCAGCAAGUCGGUGGAGCAGAACAUGAAGGAGCAGAAUGAAGCGAGCGAGACGUUCAAGACCACGAUGGAAAAGAGGUUGCAAGAAGUAACCCAAGAACGUGACGAUCUCCACAAAGAGGUCACUGAACUCAGGAAGGAUCGAGAGGAGAAGGAAUCAGAGAAUAAAGAGCUCCAUGUUGCUGUGCAGACUCAGACUGCAGAACUGCGUCGUAAUCUGGCCAAUCUUCAGGAUGAGCUGAAGGAGGCCCUCGCUAGGCAGAAGGAAGCAGAGGCUAAGGAACUCACUGCACGACAGGAUAGUCAAACUCAAGCCAAAUUAGCAGAGGAGAUGCAAGAUAAGUAUGAAAGGGAAUUCCUCUUACAUGCUGCUGAUAUGAAACAGCUUGUCACUGUCAAAGAACAACUCGCCAGUCACAACAGUAAAAUGGCAGAGGUAGAGGAAGUUGCUAAGAAGUUGCAAACAUCACUCGAUUCAUCAGAGACAUCGUGGAAGGAGCAACUUCGUAUUCAGAAGGCCGAGGUAGAGCAGCUCGCACAGAGAAACAAAGAGCUUGAGAAUCAGAACCAGAUGUUGCAUCAACAGCUAGAAGCAUUGAGUAAUAGGAUGUUAAAGCAGUCAUCACAUGCCAAGGACUUUGCAAACACCAGUAUUUCUCUCCGAGAAGAAGACAAAUCGGCAGAACAGCUUCUGGAUGUUAUCAAGUUCUUGAGGCGCGAGAAGGAGUUGGCGGAGAGCCGGUUCGAGCUGGCCCAGACGGAGACCCUGAGGCUCAAGCACAAGAGUGAGCAUCUUCAGAACCAGCUGGAGCAAGCGCAGAAGAGCCUGUCUGGAGAACGGGAGAGAGCCCAGGUUCUUGUUCAGUCAUCAGCCCAACACCAAGAUUUAAUGAAGAAAGUCCAGAGUUUAAAUGUUGUCACAGAUAGCAACAGACUUCUGAGGGAGGAGAAGGAGAGGUUGGAACAGCAGUUACAGCAGCUGAAGGCGAAGGUGAGUGAGCUCGAGGCGGCUAUCAUCCCUCGCCAGGAACAGACCCGUACCAUCACAGCGCAGAGGGAUGCCCUGGCUGCCGAGAAGGUCGCCCUGUCUAACGAGGUGAACCGCUGGAAGCAGCGAACCAACCAGCUCAUCGAGAAGUCCAACAGGACAGACCCUGAGGAAUACAAGAAACUCUUGGCUGAGCGGGAUCAGAAUAAGAAGCUGAUAUCUGAGAAGACCGAGGAGAUCAUGAGACACAAAGCUGAUGUGUCCAGGCUGAAGUCUGAAUUAGGACAACAAAAGACGGAGAUAAGCAGGCUACAUAUGACUGUCAACUCAACGAAAAAUGAAAAAUCUGUAGUAGAAAACAGCUUAAAGGCUGAGAUUGCUUCAGUCAAGGCCAGCUUUGCUGCUAAACAGGAUGAACUGGUCAAUAAGGACAAGACCAUUAAUCAAGUGAAGAAGAUUGGCCGCCGAUACAAAGCUCAGUACGAGGAGGUUAAGCUUCAAUUUGACAAACUCCAAGAGGAGGUUGAUAAGGAGAAGACCGCGACGCCACAGCCUGACCCCGAGACAGAAGCAAAGGUCAAAUCAUUAGAAGAGGAAGUCACAAAGCUCAAGGAGCAAAACACUCAGUUGAAAUCGGCAGAAGAUUCAGCAAAGGCACUCCAAUCUCAGCUGACAGAGAAAGAGGAACAAAUCGAGAAGUCCAAGAAACUCAUGCAGAAUGUCAGACAGAAAAUCAACAACCUAAGUGCUGAUAAGGAGAAGCUGACCGCUGAGAACAAUAAGUUCAAGAAUCAGAUCGAUGAGAUGAGAGGGGAGAUUUCAGCGUUCAAUGGUCUAAUGAAUCAGCAGGAGCGCAGCCAAGCCACUCAGAAAUCAGAGUAUGAAUCACGCAUCCAAGAACUACAGAGGGAACUCGAGGAUAGUCGUCAAACACUGCAACGAGCCCUUGAAGAGCAGCAGCACCAGGAGCAAGUGAGAGAGAUCCAGCCGCUGAUCGACCAGUCAGAUCAAACAUUACUCAGUCAACCUGGGACAUCAGGAACGUCAGACAGGCAGAGUACCUCCAGGGAGGAAGCCCCGCCCACCGCCAACAUCCGACCAAUGGCAUCGCCUGCCUCCUCCGUAGGUCAGUCCAAGGGCACAUCCUCCCAGAGCACUGCCAAGGUAACGGCCAGCAUCCGCCCCAUCGCCGUGACCAGGAUGCAGACGGGUGUGACCUUUAUCACCACCACCAUGGCCACGCCCACUACCAUGGUGACACCCAUGGCAACGGUCAUGCCGCAGACCAUAGAGGCACCCGUGUCAGACCAAGGAUCAGAACAAGAAGAUUCCAAUGACCAACCAUUCCAGCAGGACACGGCUACGGUAGCCCCCUUAGCCCCUGCCACGCCCAUCCAGGCGGUCCAACCCACCCAGCAGACCCCACCCACUGCACAGACCCCGCCUUCUCAGCAGACUCCGCCCAUGGCUGCUGCAGAACGUCGUACCACGGACCAGCAGGAUCCCCAAGGUCAAGAGACCCACAGGGACGAUGAUACAGGGCCUUCAGGCGGUCAGACCGGUGGGUCAUCCUCGUCACCGGGCAGUGCUGCAGCCAAGAGACCAAGGGAUGAUCCAACGGACGGGGAUACAACCACAACAGAUAGGGAAGGACAGCCUCCCAACGAGAAGAGGCAGAGAGUGGCCCCUCAGCCGCAAGUGAGCAGGGAUGAGCCUGAGGAGAAAGAGGACGAAAAAGAGAAGAAACCCGAGCAGACGGAAACAACAGCAACAGAGACGACCACGACCACCACUACCCCUAACAUUCCAGCACAACAAGUAGAGACGGAGGCCGCUCAGGAGGUCGAAGCCGAGACACAGUUUGAGGUCGAGACGGCUGCAAAUCAGGAAGUUGAGCCGUCCCAAUCGGCACCAGAGACAAGGGUUCUUGAGGUUUCACCAACCGAGCAGCAAGCCACCCAAGAGAGGCAGGAUGAGGAGACGGGGGAAAGCAAGUCGGAUGAUGUGGUCAUCGUUGUGGACAGCGAUGAGGAUACCGGUGGAGUAGACUCCAACCAAGACCAGGCUGAUCAAGAAGGGGACAAUGCCGAUGCUGAUCUUGAGGGAGAGGAGGAAGUUGAAGAGGAGGUCGAUGAUGACGACGACGAGGAGGAAUUCGAAGGUGAUAUCGGAGAGGAGGAUGGCGAGGAGGAUGAUGCCUUUGAAGAAGCUGCGGGAGAGGAUGUAGAUGUGGAAUAUGAGGAUGAAGAAGGGGAAGAGGAGAUGGAUGACGAUGAAGAGGAAGAGGAAGAAGAAAUGGAAGAUACUGGAGAGGAUAAUGGAGAGAACAUGGAAGAUGAUAUAGUCGAGAUUAUUGAUGACGAUGACCAGGGAGCAGAAGUCGCUUCGGAGAUGGACACCCACAGCUCGGACCAGCAGAGUGAGGCCCCGCAGCCCAUGGAAGCCCAACAGAUACCAAGGGUGCCCCCACCCCAGCUGAGGGUGGUGCCCCCGGACCCCACACCGACGAGCAGCAGUCAAGAGCAGACCUCAUCCACUCAUGCCCCACUCCUGCAGCGUCAUGGUAUGAGGACAGAAAGACUUGGAUCUCAGGGAAGAUUGCCACCCUUCUCAUUGCUUCCAUCUGGUGGGGGAACUCCCUUCGAAGACGUCAACGAUGAUGGCCAAGUCCCCAGUACUCCAACUCUGUUUGUACCACACAGAGGAAAUGAUGGAUUCGCGGAAGCUAUCAACUCCCCUUUGCUACCAGUCCGAUUCCAGUUUGAGGGUGACAGUAGAUCACCUGCCCCUGGGCUAGCCCAACUUGCCACACAAGGAGAUCUCGGUAUGGACGAUACUCGCAUCAAUCUAAUGGUCGGAGAAGAUGAAGCCAGCGGGAGAAGCGUUCCUACCACACCACUACAGACAACAGCUCCAGUUCUGCCAUGGGAUCGACCUUCACAAAUGACUUUAUUAGCAUCUGGUACCAGCCCCUCGGAAGGAUUAGAAGGAUGGCAAUCCGUGCCUGCUACACGAACGAGCAUCACACCGCCCCCUAGUGGUAAAGAUGAGCCAGACACUGAGCCGGACAAGCCUAAACCAGGUGUCGACCAAGCAGGUACAGGGGGAGGACAGCCAGAGAGUGGAACAGCCAGUGAAGACAAACCAGGUCCAAGCAGUGGUGAUGCUACAGCCACAGAGACUGCACGAUCAGAGCCUUCCAGUACAACCAGCACAGAGGGUGACGUACGACCCAAGCCCACGCCCAUAGUCUGGAGCAAUAGUCCCUCCCAAUCUUCAUCACAGUCCCAAUCGGGCCUUAGCCUAGAGCAGAGGCCAAGGAACGUGGCCCACAGGGGCAACAGGGGACGAGGGAGAAUGCUCAAUCGGAAUGUAGCAUAUAGAGGGCGUGGCAAUAGAGGUGGGCCAAGGACGCAAUGGAAGUAAAACGUUUGAAAUCUAACAGUAACUGAGAAAGACUGAUAUUGUGCUUCAAUCCAACACUUGUUGUGUGGGAAUACUACAGCCAGAGUAUACCCUGUGUUAUAUAACCUUGGACAAUGGACACUUGGCAUGAUGUGUCUUUGGUUAACUGAGAGCUAUUUGGGUAAAAGAGAGAGGUUUUUGUUUCAGAUUGAUGCAAAAAUAUGAGAAUGUAGAGGUUUUAAACCAGUAUAUCGCCCAGGGUGAGGGGGUAGGGGGCUCCUUAAACAAGCCUGAAGUGACACUGGACUUACUGUGCAACUUGAUUCUGCAGAUGUAACUUGUACUUACAGUAUAUCUUUUUAUUUUCAUAAAUCAUUAGUUCAAAUUGAGAUGUAGAGAAACUGGUGAAAUGAUAUUUUGGAUUUAUAUUUUUUUUCUACAAAUUUAGGUUGAGAAUGGAUUAAGAACAGCUGCAAGAUGUGGUUUAUUACUAGUGUUCAAUAGCAUUUUCAGAAACCAAUUAUUUCCAUAAAAAAAAAUGCCAGGGUUAUUAUUAGAUGUGUAAUUACAGCCAGUGUUUUGACCCCGCAGCUUCUUACAGUUUUCAUAAGCUUGGUACCAACAGAUGCACAAGAUUUGAAAGAAAAAUCUUGUUGAAGUGGCUGGUUGCAUGGAAAUCAAACAUUUCCUGCAGGGGUGAAUAUAGGGGGAGGGAUUUCCUGCAGGGGUGAAUAUAGGGGGAGGGAGUCAUCAACUUGACUCCUCAUCGUAAUUGGUGUAGGGUCAAUUGAAUUAUUGCAAUAUGAGCCAGUUUUGAUAUAUAUAAGCCAUUAGUGUCCCCAUAUGUUCUAUGGUUAAAUACUGAGGCGAUAAUGCCUACUCAUUGAAGUUCAAGAGUCUUCUCAUAAUGCCAUGCAUCCAUAUUUAGGGAGUAUUGCAAGAAAACAUUUAUGAUCAAUUGCAAAUAUUCUGUUGCAUUUUUGCAACUGAUAGAUCAACGUUAGUUAUACCAAAUCAGAUUAAACUCCUUGUUUCAUGGAGCAGAUUAGCAGUCAAUCACUAAUUUACAAUUAAUUGCAAGACAUAUUGAUUUAGGAACCAAAGAUAGACUUGCAAUGGAUCGUAAGUUUCUCGCAACACCCCCAGAACACAAUUUGUUCCCUCCCCCUUUGGGUGUCCCGAUGUGGCUCUUUUAUAUUCGUGUCAUUUGUAAGUUUGCCAGAUCUUCAAACCAGACAAGACUCUCACUUCUGCGAUCUGGAAGAAUAAUGUAAAGAGUUACAGAAUGAAUAUCAAUAAAUUCAUUGGUACAUGUAUAUUUUCUUUGUCAUGAAUAUUGAAUAAUGAAGAUGAAGCCGCGCAAUCAAUGAAGUGUUGACUAAAGUUCGUGAUCAUUCUGGAGUGAUAUGUAUUUGUUUCAUUUCUGCUUAUACUUUGUCUAUGCUUAAGUAUAUACAAAUCAUUGUUGUAAAUUUAAUAAAUUCAUGCAUGGAGUAAAUUU